AUGAUAUCUCUACCAUACACACCCAACCGGUGUCUCCUCCACACAUUUAACCGGCCGGUUAACACCCGCCGCCAUGACCAACGCAAAGAGAAGACGACGAUGUGUUUAUCAUCAUCAUCAUCACCGAAGACGACGACGAAGAGAGUGGUUCUCGUGAGGCACGGGCAAAGCACGUGGAACGAAGAGGGGAGGAUCCAAGGAAGCUCCGACUUCUCCGUCUUGACGAACAAAGGCGAGUCUCAAGCCGACAUUUCUCGUCAGAUGCUCCUUGAAGAUUCCUUCGAUGUCUGCUUCACCAGUCCAUUGAAGAGAUCAAAGAAAACAGCUGAGAUCAUAUGGGGAGAUCGAGAAGACGAGAUGAUAUUUGAUUAUGAGCUCAGAGAGAUUGAUCUUUACUCUUUUCAAGGUCUACUUAAGAAAGAAGGUAAAGAAAAAUUUGGUGAAGCCUUUAGGCAAUGGCAAGAAGAUCCGGCGAACUUUGUGAUAGACGGGCAUUAUCCUGUAAGAGAGUUAUGGUCACGUGCUCGAAGCUGCUGGACACGUGUUCUUGCUCAUGAGAGCGAGUCUGUUCUUGUUGUUGCUCAUAAUGCUGUUAACCAAGCUCUUUUGUCUACAGCUAUUGGUCUGGGAACAGAGUAUUUUAGGAGGUUGUUGCAGAGUAAUUGCGGUGUAAGUGUAUUGGAUUUUACACCAAGAGCUGAUGGUGGAUCUCCUCAUGUAUUACAAAUGCAGACACCUAGUUCCCCUCUAGCUGGUGGAAGUUCUGGUGGGAGGAAAGCUAGUAAGCAGAUCAUACUUGUCUGCCAUGGUCAGAGUGAUAAUGAGGCUAAUAGUACUAAUGAUCAGCCAAUGAACAUGCUUGGGGUAAUACAGUCUCAGAAAACAGCAGAGUUUCUUCUAGAUCGAAGGGUUACUUCAAUAGUUUGUAGCUCCACAACAGCCUCCACUGAGACUGCUGCAGUAAUAUCCCAGGUGCAAGAAGCUGCGGUUUCUUUGAGUGUAGAUAGUGUACCUCGCUAUGUGAAUACAAAACAAAUGAAUGAGCUUGACGUUAACGACAUUAUUCCCAAAUCAUCCAAUAAGGACAUCCAACCUGGUUGGAUAACUCAGUUGGAUGAAGAAACAGUUUCAGCUCUAUGGAACAGAACCGGGAAAGCCUGGGAGUCACUCUUAGACGAACUAUCGAACGAGGAUAACUCAAACACAGGAGAUGCAAUGGUGGUGGUUGGUUCCCCAAUGGCUCACAUAUCACUCUUAGCACAAUGCCUUAACCUCGAUAAAAAUGGUCUUGGUUUGUUCCACCUAGACGCAGGCAGCAUUAGCGUCAUAGAUUUUCCGGAUGGUCCUAGCGAAAGAGGAGUGAUCCGUUGCACAAACUACACUGCUCAUCUAGGAAGAUGGUCUGUCCCCAUCACAAGACCUGUCUAA